AUGUUCAGGUGGAAUUACAGCUUUGGCGACAGACUGAUAGGUGUUCUCCACACACACACUGCUGUCUUUAAACAAAAGAUCUUCGACCGCUCGCACUUGGAUGCGGCGCGUGGGCAAGGAUGGCGCGUUGCGACUGAAAUGGUCGCAAAAGACGAUUCUCACGACGAUGACGGAGUUAUGGGCGGAACUACUCCGGAUCCCGCAAUCUACAGACUCUGA